UCAUCAAAACAGGUUCUGGUACUUGUUGUCUACACCAGAACAUAGUGUACGACAUGAUGGUGUCUAUGAAAUGCUCUGCAUGCUUGCUACUGAUUGUGUUCACAGUGAUUCAAAGCGGUGCCGGUGAGGGGACAUGUGUGGCGUCCAUCGGAGGGGCGUGUCCUCCAACCUGGAUCCAGUGGGGGGCAAGGUGCUACAAAGUCACCACGAGCCAGUCUCAUACCUGGCACGAGGCGAAGCAGGCUUGCCUGGCAAUGAGAGGGGUGAUGGUCGUCCCCCACUCUGACGAGGAGACGGAGUUUCUCGAGGAUCUGCAACCGCAAAUUUGGAUUAACUGUAACGAUCUUGAAACUGAAGGCGUUUGGGUGUGCCAAGAGGGGACAACCAAAGUAGACUACAGGAAUUGGGAUUCGAGGGAGCCUAAUAAAAAAGGAGAUGAACACUGCGCCGUGAUCAAGAGAUGCGGUGAGUGGACGGAUGUACCGUGCACCGAGCAGUACCCGACAGUGUGUACCCGGCCGAUAUCACCUGCGUUACACCUGUAGGCGGACUACUAAUUAACAAGACAAGUCUGUUGAAGCAGAAAGUUCUAGUCAAUUGAUUCAGAAUAGCUAUUCACUAGAAGUCUUUUCAGGCACUUGGUCUACACAAUGGACUGGUUUUACCAAAUUGAUGUUAUGGGUAAUCCUAUACAAUAGCACUGCCCGGUUCUCUUCACCAAUCUACAAGCAGUCUAAGUCACGUGACAGUCAGUCAGUCAGUGAGUCAGAAAGAAACGAAGAGGACACGAUGCUGGCCCACUGGGAACAAGCAAGGACACUGUUAUGUUAGCAAAAUGGGUUUUUGAAAAAUAUCCCAUUUUGUUUGACAUCACCUAUUGUGA